AUAUAGAAGGGGUGAAGCUACAAACUAGUUUUAAGUGGAAAUGGGAUGACCAAAACACUGUUGACUGUGCUACAUUUUUGAUAAUCAAAAAGGAAAUUUUGAAUCUGUCUAUGAUCUUCUCCCAAAGGAGUUACAGUUACCUCCAUCUAGAGAAACAUCUGUAGCAUCAAUGAGUCAGACAAGCGGCGGUGAGGCAGGCUCGCCUCCUCCGGCUGUAGUUGCUGCUGAUGUGUUUCUCAGAUUCACCAAUGUAGAUUUUUUUUUCCUUCUUCACGUAAAACUGAGGGCAUAAAUAAAUAUGAUGCUGCUAAUCCACAAUCCAGAAUAUUGGGUAAAGGAGUGUCUCAAGCUUCUCAAUCUAUGCCUUUACACACUUCCAUCAACGUUUUAACUAUGGAUGGUAGCACAUAUCUGUAACACCAGCACUCUAGGAGGCUAAGGAUUUGCCUCUGAAGCAGGGAGUGUCUGCAUUAAAAAUGACCUGUAGUUCUCUGCUUCAUAGAUGCUUCUUCAGCUCCCUCCUCUUCCUCCAUGGGCGGUGCUUGCAGCUCCUUUACCACCUCUUCCAGCCCUACCAUUUAUUCUACCUCAGUCACCGACAGCAAGGCUAUGCAAGUGGAGAGCUGCUCCUCAGCCGUGGGGGUAAGUAACAGAGGGGUAAGUGAAAAGCAGUUAACCAGUAACACAGUUCAGCAGCAUCCAUCAACCCCGAAGAGGCACACAGUUUUGUACAUCUCACCACCACCUGAGGACUUGCUGGAUAACAGUCGGAUGUCCUGCCAGGAUGAGGGGUGUGGAUUGGAAUCUGAGCAGAGCUGCAGUAUGUGGAUGGAGGAUUCCCCCUCCAACUUCAGUAACAUGAGCACCAGUUCCUACAAUGAUAACACUGAGGUACCUCGUAAAUCACGAAAACGAAAUCCAAAGCAGAGGCCGGGGGUCAAACGGCGAGAUUGUGAAGAAUCUAAUAUGGAUAUAUUUGAUGCCGACAGUGCCAAAGCACCUCACUAUGUGCUUUCUCAGCUUACUACGGACAACAAAAGCAACUCAAAAGCUGGAAAUGGAACGUUAGACAACCAAAAAGGAACGGGAGUAAAGAAGAGCCCUAUGUUGUGUGGACAGUACCCUGUUAAAAGCGAAGGCAAGGAGCUGAAGAUAGUCGUACAACCUGAGACCCAGCACCGAGCCCGGUACCUGACUGAGGGCAGCCGCGGCUCAGUAAAAGACAGAACCCAGCAAGGCUUCCCUACAGUAAAGCUGGAAGGCCAUAAUGAACCAGUAGUGUUACAGGUAUUUGUGGGCAAUGACUCUGGUCGAGUGAAACCACAUGGAUUUUAUCAGGCCUGCAGAGUAACUGGACGAAAUACCACUCCCUGCAAAGAAGUGGACAUUGAAGGCACCACUGUCAUAGAAGUUGGCCUUGAUCCUAGCAACAACAUGACACUGGCGGUUGACUGUGUAGGAAUAUUAAAGUUGAGAAACGCUGAUGUUGAAGCCAGAAUAGGAAUUGCUGGUUCCAAGAAGAAAAGCACUCGAGCCAGAUUGGUUUUUCGAGUUAACAUCAUAAGGAAAGAUGGUUCCACUUUGACCUUGCAAACACCGUCUUCUCCAAUUUUGUGUACUCAGCCAGCAGGAGUGCCAGAGAUCUUAAAGAAAAGCUUGCAUAGCUGUUCAGUGAAAGGAGAGGAAGAGGUGUUUUUAAUCGGCAAGAACUUUCUUAAAGGAACUAAAGUUAUUUUCCAGGAAAAUGUUUCUGAUGAAAACUCUUGGAAAUCAGAAGCUGAAAUCGACAUGGAAUUAUUUCAUCAGAACCAUCUCAUCGUUAAGGUUCCUCCAUAUCAUGACCAACAUAUAACUUUGCCUGUAUCUGUGGGAAUAUAUGUAGUGACCAAUGCGGGAAGAUCCCACGAUGUUCAGCCAUUCACUUACACUCCAGACCCAGCAGCAGCUGGUACUUUGAAUGUAACUGUGAAGAAGGAAAUAUCUAGUCCAGCAAGACCAUGCUCUUUUGAAGAGGCCAUGAAAGCAAUGAAAACUACUGGAUGUAACUUAGAUAAGGUAAAUAUUCUUCCUAAUGCCUUGAUCACUCCACUAAUAUCAAGCAGUAUGAUUAAGAGUGAAGAUGUUACUCCAAUGGAAAUAACAGCAGAAAAAAGAUCUUCGCCUAUUUUUAAGACUACAAAGACAGUUGGAUCAACUCAGCAAACUUUAGAAAAUAUCUCUAACAUACCAGGAAAUGGGUCUUUUUCAUCACCAUCAUCUUCCCACUUACCUUCAGAAAAUGAAAAGCAGCAGCAGCUUCAGUCCAAGGCAUACAAUCCAGAAACUCUGACUACUAUCCAAACACAGGACAUCUCACAGUCUGGGACCUUUCCAGCAGUUUCUGCCUCUAGUCAGCUGCCCGGUAGUGAGGCACUACUCCAGCAGGCUACACAGUUUCAGGCAAGAGAAACUCAGUCUAGAGAAGUAUUACCGUCAGAUGCUACAGUGGUCAAUUUGUCACAGCUGACGGAGGCCUCUCAGCAGCAGCAGCAGUCACCACUACAAGAACAAGCACAGACUUUACAGCAGCAGAUUUCAUCAAAUAUUUUUCCAUCACCCAAUAGUGUGAGUCAGCUACAGAACACUAUUCAGCAGUUGCAAGCAGGAAGUUUUACAGGCAGUGCUGCUAGUAGCAAUAGUGGAAGCGUUGACUUGGUCCAGCAAGUGUUAGAGGCACAACAACAGUUAUCUUCAGUUUUGUUUUCUGCUUCAGAUGGUAACGAGAGUGUUCAGAAACAGCUCAGUGCAGGCAUUUUUCAACAAGUCAGUCAAAUUCAAAAUAGUGUGAGUCCUGCAAUGUUUUCCUCAACAGAACCAGCAGUUCAUACCAGGCAAGAUAAUUUAAUACCUGGAAGAGCUGAAAGUGUUCAUCCACAGACUGAAAGCACAUUGUCUAAUCCGCAACAGCAACAACAGCAACAGCAAGUGAUGGAACCAUCAGCUGCAAUGGUGAUGGAGAUGCAACAGAGUAUUUGCCAGGCAGCUGCCCAGAUUCAGUCAGAGUUAUUCCCUUCAACUCCUUCAGCAAAUGGAAACCUUCAACAGUCACCGGUUUACCAACAGCCUUCUCACAUGAUGAGUGCACUGUCUACCAAUGAGGACAUACAAAUGCAGUGUGAGUUGUUUUCUACUCCUCCUGCAGUUUCUGGAAAUGAAACUUCCACAACCACCACACAGCAAGUUGCAACCCCUGGCACCACCAUGUUUCCGACACCAAGUUCAGGAGAUGGAGAAGAAACAGGAGCACAAGCAAAACAAAUUCAGAACAGUGUCUUUCAGAGCAUGGUCCAAAUGCAGCAUAGUGGGGACAAUCAGCCUCAAGUUAACCUUUUUUCAUCUACAAAAGGCAUGAUGAGUGUUCAGAAUAGUGGUACCCAGCAACAAGGUAAUGGUUUAUUCCAGCAAGGGAAUGACAUGAUGUCGCUUCAGUCUGGGAAUUUUUUGCCGCAGUCUUCUCACUCCCAGGCUCAACUUUUUCAUACUCCAAAUCCUAUUGCUGAUGCUCAGAAUCUUACCCAGGAAACUCAAGGUUCUAUUUUUCAUAGUCCAAAUCCUAUUGUCCACAGUCAGACUUCUACACCAUCCUCUGAACAAAUGCAGCCUCCAAUGUUUCAUUCUCAGAGUACUAUUGCUGUGUUACAGGGCUCUUCAGUUCCCCAAGACCAGCAGUCACCCAACAUAUUUCUUUCGCAAAGUCCUAUGAAUAAUCUUCAAACUAACGCAGUAGCCCAAGAAGAACAGAUUUCAUUUUUUGCACAGAACUCAAUCUCUCCACUUCAGUCAACAUCAAACACUGAACAGCAAGCUGCUUUCCAACAGCAGUCUCCAAUAUCACACAUCCAGAGCCCUAUGCUUUCCCAAGAACAGGCUCAAUCUUCCCAGCAAGGUUUAUUUCAGCCUCAGGUAUCACUGGGCUCCCUUCCACCUAAUCCAAUGCCUCAGAACCAACAAGGAGCAAUUUUCCAGGCACAGCACCCAAUAGUGGCCAUGCAGAGUAACUCUCCAUCUCAAGAGCAGCAGCAGCAACAGCAGCAGCAGCAGCAACAGCAGCAGCAACAGCAGCAGAGCCUUUUGUUCAGUAAUCAGAAUACCAUGGCUUCAAUGGCAUCUCAGAAGCAACCACCACCAAACAUGAUGUUUAGUCCAAAUCAAAAUCCAAUGGCUAGUCAGGAGCAACAGAACCAGUCAAUUUUUCACCAACAAAGUAAUAUGGCCUCAAUGAAUCAAGAGCAGCAGCCCAUGCAAUUUCAGAACCAGCCCACAGUUUCCUCACUUCAGAAUCCUGGUCCUACUCAGUCUGAAUCUUCACAGCCCUCCUUGUUCCAUAGCUCUCCUCAGAUUCAGUUGGUACAAGGGUCACCUAGUUCUCAAGAGCAGCAAGUUACACUCUUCCUCUCUCCAGCAUCCAUGUCUGCCUUGCAGACCAGUAUAAGCCAACAAGACAUGCAACAGUCUCCUCUGUAUUCCCCUCAAAACAACUUGCCUGGGAUCCAGGGAGCCACAGCUUCACCUCAGCCACAGUCUGCUUUAUUUCACAACACUGCAGGAGGCACAAUGAACCAACUACAGAAUUCUGGCUCCUCGCAGCCGACUUCAGGAAUGUUCUUAUUUGGCAUUCAGAAUAACUGUAGUCAGCUUUUAACCUCUGGACCAGGUACACUGCCAGAGCAGUUGAUGGCCAUAAGUCAGCCAGGCCAACCACAAAAUGAGAGCCAAUCACCUGUGACAACACUUCUUUCUCAGCAAAUGCCAGAGAGUUCUCCACUGGCAUCCUCUAUAAACACCAACCAGAACAUUGAAAAGAUUGAUUUGCUUGUUUCUUUGCAAAACCAAGGGAACAACUUGACUGGCUCCUUUUAACUGGAUAUAAAUUCCUUGUGAAAAAAUCAUGAUUCCAAGACGUCCUGAGAUCGUGUGGUUCCAUGAAGCUUAUUGAACUAUAUUACUUUAAAAACAAAACAAAAUACGAAAAACUGAGUACAUGGAUAGAUUUUAUUCUUACUGCGAAAGAGCGUACCUAUGCUGCCUGUUGUGUAAUUAGCCACCAAUGUUAACAUCUUCAUAUUUUAUAUUCCUAAUAACAAUGAUGACUGAGAAUCUAUUUGAAUUUCUGACAGAAAUAAUUGUUGCCAUUUUCCUAGGCACAAUUUCUUUAAAAGUGCAGUUUAAAUUCAAAGUUGAACCACUCAGUUAUUAUUGCUAUUAGAAAAUAUUUGUCAUGUUUACUUUUGAUCAUUAUUCUCUUUAUCGCAUUAUUUUAGUCACACAAAGGUUUUUGAAAGGUAAAGUUCAUUAAUAACUAAGGCUGUGUUUUUUUGUUUUUGUUUUUUUUUAAUAUGAAAAGUACAGCUGUUGGCCAAAGUGAAGGACUCUUUCAUUUUUAUGGAGAAAUUGAAGGGGUAACAUUCUGACAAGCUGUAUUAAGAACUCUACACAAAUAAGAGGACUCUGGAUUAAAUAAAAAAGCAGAUGAUAACAUACUUUACAAAACUGGAGACAGCUGGAAUGCUGUUGAUUUUAUUUGUUAGAGAGUUAGUUCUCUGUAUUUCUACUAAGAGGGUUAGCCAUAACUACAUAGAAAAUUGUUAUUUUGCUCUAUGAAAAAUGAAGAGGGGAAUACAUAGUAAACUAUGUUCUGAUGUCCUCCUGCAGUUGUAAACUGACAGUAAUUUAGUCUCUUUUCUUCUUAACCCAGUCUUAGGCUGGAAUUCCCUUUUGUGUGCAUCACUGUUACUUUCCACCUCCUUUUCACUUACAUUUAGACAACUAUUAAUAUACUACUGUGACCCUGUAGCAACUUAAAGGGAAAGGCCACUUUGACCCAGGGUGACCUAGCAGCUCUGCAGCACAGGGCGAGGAGAGCUCUUUAGGAAUUAUUGGAAGCCGAUUACUGAGAAAACAAUGCAUCUGUCCCUCACCCCCACCCUGUCCCCAUGAACGGUGCUGUUCUGAAGUCUAAAAUUUCCCCUCUAAUAGAAAACAGUAUAGUGCUUGUUUCAGCAGCACAUAUGAUAAUAAUAGAAAACAGUAUACCUUUUCAUUUGAAAAACAAAGGCAAACUAAAAUUUCUUGAAACAUCGCUUCUCCCUGAGCUGCAGUGAAUAGAAUUCACUUGUCACCUCAGUGCUUUAAUGUUUAGGAGGUCACUUACCUGAUGGCUCCCACAAGCCUUAGGCUUUCUAGGGUCAUAUCAUUGACUUAAAAUGAAGUGUACUAACUUGUAUUACAUCUAUAAAGAGCAAAAUAACACACUCCAGAAUUUGCAGAUGUAGCGUUAGUUAUACAGUUUUGGGUGUUGUUGCCACCCAUGGGAUGCCUGCUUCUAACUAUCACCUGUGUCUGGAUAUGUGCUUAUGUCUCAUUUUCCUUUGGGCAUGUGGAAAGCUGUCAAUGCAGUGUAAGGCCAACGUGUGUGUGUGGCUUCUAUGUAUUGAUACAAAGUUUCGGUAUCCUUGUCCAUUCUUUUUUUAAAUGUACAAAAAAUAACCUGUUAAUUGUUGUUAGAGGCUACUUUUCUGUUUGAUUUUUUUUUCCUCUCUACCUGUCCUAUACAUUUAGUUGACCUGUGUGAAAUUGUGGUGUUGGUUUUGUUUCUAUAGCUAGAUUUUACCCUUUCUAUGAUGUCUUCCUUUGUUCUUUGAAUGUGCUCUUCUUCUGCUUUUCUCUUUAUUCUCCUCUGUACUUCCUUCCACUCUCCCACCCUGUCUUUCUUUCUCUCUCUCUGAUUGAGAGGCAUUGAAUUACGUUUUCAGUAGUACAGGCUUCUUGCCGAUAUGAAGGGAACUUUUCAGAAAGAGACCUACUCUGGGUCAUUUAAUUUUGAAUACAGUUUUCAAUCGUUCAAGUUUUGGAUGGUUUAUAUCUAAUGUGUGUUUCAUUUUUUUGGAAAGCUAUAUUUUGUAUUUAGGAAAUGGUAUACUAUUUUGCUAUUUGUACUGAGUGAGUACAUUGGCAUAAAUAUAGAAAUUUAUAUAUAUACAUAUAUAUAAACUAUUCUUUUUUUGCCACACAUUUUUGUGGUAAAUUUGUGAGUUUGUCUGAUGUUCUACCACAACGUGGCGUCUGAUAACAGUGAGGGGGGGUUUGUUAUGUCUUUAUUGAGUAUUUAAGUACCUUUUGAAACAAAUGACCUGUUCAUCUAUAGCCAUUCCAUCAGGCAGUUCCUUGAUGUUAUUAGUGGGCUAAAGGCAGCUUCCUGUAUGUUUGCUGGAUCUUUCACUCAGCAAAAAGAUAAUGAGUGAGGAAACCUGUUGAGACAGUUGUGUCCAUUGGUGUUUCACAAGAAUGAGCCAUUCAGUCUUUGCUCACCAUAUAUUUAAUAUUUUAUUAUUGUUAUUGUUAAUUGGCUUUCUGUAGUCUAUGCCUUUUAUUUAUAAAAACACUAAAAAAAUCCCAUGUUUGUAAUUUUAAUAACGUUUUCCCCAUCUUGUAAUAUCCAGAGCUACUUUAUAAAUUCUUUGAACCAAAAGUAUUUUUCUCAAUGUAUCUCUAUCCCUGUCCCCUGUCAAGAAAAAUUACUCAAUAUAGUUCAGGUUAUGAGAAGGAUCAGCCACACAAUCCAGUACUUCAGUUUUAAAAUGUAAAACUCUAACCCUAGAGAGCUGCCUAUAAUGUCAGAAAAAGCAAACCCAGCAGGUAUUAGAAAAGAAAUAAUUUUUUAAACACUAUACAUUUAUCUCUGAAUUUGCUUCUGAGAUUACGUAGGAUACUCAAGAAGUCUAUCUGGUCAUCAGGUUCCAAUUCGAACGUGUGUUAAUACUGCACCAUGAACGAGGUGGUGGCAAGAAGACUGGCUUGUGUGGUGCUUCUGUUCUGUGAUUUAGCAAGAGGCUUGUCCUUACAAAAUACUGAUUGGCAAUGCCAAGUCACUGGGACCAAUUUUCUGUUUUAUAAUAUCUCGGUUUGGAGCAGAACAUAUAUACCUGAACUGUAGUGGUUUGAUUGGAUGGAGGCAUAAAACGCAAUUUUUAUUCUCAUAAAUUUUGUGGUUAUUUAUACAAGGGCUGUGAUAUGCUACCAUGUUCUUAAUCAAUAAUGAUUGAUAGUUUUUUGGUUUGUUUGUUGUUUUUUUUUUUUAACAUUGUUAAAUGUUCCUUACCCCUAAAGGUCAAUUUUAAGUUCGACACUCUGAAUAUAUGAUUUGGUUACAAAGAGUAUUUGUCUUUUUAUUGAAGAAUUAGCUCAGUGGUUGAUACUUACGCUAAUAAUGCAGUUUCCUAAUUACUGUUACAAGUUACAGCUAGAAACUGUACAAAACUCAGUGAGCCAGCAAAGGCCUUGGAAACAACAAUUUAUUAAUUUAUGGCAGAAAGACCAAAAUAAACUGUGAGCCACAUUUUUUUAUGCUGUUACAUUCAAUUAUUCUUGCUUUCAGCGACUCACACAAAUGCUUGGAGCUUAUCUCUCUGUCUCUUAUCUUUCUAUGUGAGUUUUUCCUUAUCAUUCCAUUAUAUAUGUACACCAAUAGAGGAUAAUUAGAAGUCGUAUUUUGUUUCUGAGUUUUAUCAUAUGAAUGUGAUAAGAGUAUCACGUUACUUAUGAUUUAGAAGAUCAUGUUGUUAUUUAGCCAAUGAAAGUCUGUUUACCCAGUCUCCCUAGAACAGGUUUUAAAGGGCUUUGUUCAUUCUAGAAGCAGUAUUUGUAAGGGACCUUCCUUCCCUUCCUCCCUCUUCUUCUCCCCUCUCCUCCUUCCUUCCCUCUCAUUUUCUUUCACCAUUCCUGCUUUUUUUUUUUUUUAAUAAUGUGCUUGAAAUUUCAUUAUAAUGUAUUUUUUGCCCAUCAUAACUUUGGCCAAUCUACCCAGGAAAAAUAAUGUCAAAGUAAAUAAGGAAGAUGCUAGAUCUCCAUCCUUUAAGAACUAAAGUAAUUCCUUUUGACCUUUUAAGCCAUUAUAAAUGCUUGUUUCAGAAAAGUGGUCUGUUAGAUACAUCAACAAAGAAUGACUUGAAUGAAAUGAUUAAUUAAUAAAUUUGACAUAGUUGUAGGUAUUCAUUAGGAACAAUUGAGAAUUUUUCAUCUUUCCGGUAAAAUUUUUCUCAUCUGAUAUCUAUUUCCUGAUUAUUUAAAACUAACUGGAAAUUAUAUGAGACCUAUUAGCUUUACCCUGCAUCUUGACCAUAGGUUUCAUUCCUAACCAAGACAACCAUUUUAUAUCUGCAUGCCUUUGGCUGUUAGGAAGGACUUAAUGAGAGAGAGACUGUAGUUGGGAUAAAUGGAGCAGUAACUCAGGGCUGCGUAUAGCUCAGUAGUAAAGCACUUGCUUAGCAUGUGCCAGACUCUAGGUUUCAUGCCCAGCAUUACCAAAAGAAAAAAGAAACUCAGUAUAUACCCUAGUAAGUGGGUUAUAGUAGAAUCUCGUAACAUACAAGAGGUUUUCCCUUAUGCCUAUUUGUGUCACUAGAGCUAAGUUGUAGAGAUAGUGUUUAUAAUGUAAUAUCAGGAUAAUUCACGAAUGAUACUCAGAAAUGCUCUAAUUACUUUUUAAAUGUCUUUAUUUUCAUAUUAUUUGAAGUCUCAUCUAUUAAUAAAAUUCUGUUUUUAUUCCACUUGUUCUUUCAGGAGAUUUUGUACAUUAAUAUUUUAUAUCUAGAUGAAAUUGUGUAUGGAAAAGUGCCUUUUUACCAUGAUAGUGCCCCUUUCUUAUUUCAUUUCUCACUAUUACCAAAAACAACUGUUUUUUUAUUAAAUCUCAGCUUUCACUUCAUAAGUUCCUUUGACUUAAGAAUAGCAGGAAAGACGCUUGCUAGAAUUGGUCCUUAGGGGAGUAAGUAAAAGAUUACUGAUUAGGCUUAUAUAAAUAAACUCUAAAUUUAUCUUCAUCUCACCAAAAUAGUGAUAGGUCUUACUUGAUUUUUUUUUUUUUUUAAAGUUUUGGUGUUUUUUUUUUUUGGUUUUUCUCCAGUAUCAGGAAUCGAACUCAUGACCUUACGCUUGCCAGGCAGGCACUGUGCCGCUGAGCUAAAUCCCCAGCUCCGAUAGGUCUUACUUGAAUACCAGUGAAAUUUUUACUGUGUCUAUUGGAGGACAUGUACGCAAAUAUGUGUAAAUUGCAGGAAGGAACUAUAAAAUAUCUUUUUAUGAUCUUGGAUGAGAGUAAAUCACUAAAAUAUAAGAUA